AUGGAUUUUACAAUUCCGCCAAUUUUUCACCCGUUGAUCCAAACGACUGUUGCUAUAUUAACCUAUGUACUUAUAAUCUUGCCUUUGAACAUCAUCGUUUUUAUUUUGGAUGUUGGUAAAUAUUUGAUUAAUUUAUUUGAAAUUCCAACUCCAAAAGUAAUUCUUAUUACUGGUGCAAGCACUGGUAUUGGUGCUGCUUUUGCAGUUGAAUAUGCGGCACCUGGAGUGACUUUAGGUUUAUUGGGUAGAAAUGAAGUACGAUUAAAUGAAGUAGCAGAAUACUGCAAGGAAAAAGGAGCAAAUUGUGUUUUAUUGAAAGUGGAUAUUUCAAAUAUUGAAGAAUUGAAAAAAAGUUUAGAAAACUUUGAUGAUUCCCAUCCGAUUGAAUUGCUGUUUUCAAAUGCAGCUCAAUUUGGUACUACUAGGGAUAAUUCUGAUACUGUUCCAUGGGAAGAUGGAUGGCAACGAUUAAUUGAUGUCAACUAUACCGGCAAUAUUGCUACUAUAAUGACAGUUUAUAAAAGAAUGAAAGGAAGAAGAUUUGGACAAAUUGCAGUAACAUCAUCUAUAGCUGGUUUUUUCAGCGCACCAGGUCUCUGUCAUUACAAUGCAACAAAAUCAGCAUUAAUAUCAUUUGCACGAGAUCUUCGCUACAUAGCAUCUUUUGAUAAUGUAAAAGUGUCUGUGAUAGUACCUGGACUAAUAGAAACGAACAUGGCGCGUAGUCUUAAACUACCUCCUAGUAAAUAUUAUGGACCUGCUGAUUCUAACGGUUUGGCCAAAAUCGUUAGAAAUCAGUUGAAUUCUGACACUUUUUGUAUUGGUUGGCCUUUCCAUCAAUAUUUAAUAAAUUGGCUUAUUUCAAGUCUUCCUGUUAGAACGAAUUUGACUUUUUCUCGGAUUUUUGGAGAAUCGGCUCGAAAAAUUACUAAACUCGUUGCAUCAUCGUAA